UAAUAUUGUACUAUGACUGCACAUUUCUAAGAGCAAUUAUGAAAAGAUGGCAGGAUAACAUGGGUAAUCCUUAAAUGUUUCCAUCAAUUUCUUCAUUAGGUUGGGUUCCUAAACUCUGAUCUGGCCAAGUUGUAACCAUCUGUUGCCCUCCAUAUUUGUGAGAGAGUGUUAUAGAGUUGAUUGGUGUGGUCUACAAAACUCAUGCUCACAGAUGACAUGUGGAUGGCACGAGCUGCACCAGACUGGCCGACAGGUGUUGCUGGGUUCACACAGCAGGCCGUGGGUGUAGCAGCCCUCCUGAACACUAGCAGAGUAGGCAUAGUGUACAAUGUGCUGCCAGAGCGCCAGCAGGCACAGUGCAGAAAAAGAGCCAGAGAGGAAAGCAGAGCAGGGGAAAGUGUCAGAGCUGACCACAAGCCCAGCCCAGCAGUUGCUGAUCGGUAUUGGGAUCUACCAGCCCACAGGCUCAGCAUGGGCUGUGCCACUGGCCACUUGGCUCUUCAAACCCAGCCGCCAACCACCUUAGGGCAUGAGGCUCACUCCCUGGAGGCCGGUGCUGCCAAAGUCCCAGAUGCACUUUCAUCACUGGAGCGUCUUUCCCAAGCCACUGGAGGCAUGGAGAAAUCUUGGUACCGCUGUAUCUUUCCUUUUGGAAUUAUCUCCUUGGUGAUUGGUGUAGCGGGAACUGGAGUAACUUACACUUAUAAUGAUCUGCCUCAGACUAAGGUGGUAUCUGUAGUGCUAUUAGUGUUGGGCAUUUUGCUCCUGCUGAUGGCCACUGCGUGUUGGACUGCUCAUAAGAAGAAAAGAAGGAAAAAGAAGGAAGCAGUCUCAUUAAAUUCUGAACCAUGCCAACUGUGAAGCGAAGCAAGUUGUCUAAACACCUGCCAAAUCUGACUUUAUUUUGUAACUGCAAAGUUUGACUGGGUUAAAACUAGCGGAAGAUAAAGUGAGUACGUUUUCAGAAUGCAUACAAAUAUGUCUAUAGAGAGAAAGACAGCAUGUCGCGUGGAUCUGUUUGUGGAGGCAUCACAAACACUACUUUAUCAGACAGGUAUCCAGUGUCAAAACAAGCUCAGAGGAGACCCUUCACAAAUAUGUAUUGCAUACUGCACACAUAUUUACAUGCACAGAAACGCGACUCUCACACCCCUCACCAGAGGUCGGAGUGUGUCUAAGAUGAUAUGCAGAACUGCUGCUGGAGCAAGUGCUCACGUCACAAGGGACGUCAGUCACAGCAUUCCUACUGCUGGGACAGGUGACCCUCCAAGAGGCCAGAAGUGGGCCAAAGACCGCAACUCGACACCCAUCCAAAUAAGCUGUGCAACCGCGUCAACGGCCAGCGUCAUUCACUCAUCCUGUGACACCGCAGCAAUGUGCAGGGGGGGCUUUUUACGCAAUGGGACAGUGGAACUUGAGUCGUUGAAGAUCUUGCUGGAAUCUGCAUGGAGGAAAACUUUGAGACCAACUUGUUAUGUGAGUCUAAAAACAGAUGAGGAACUUAAAGAUUGUCAAAGAUUUGCACAUUUGGUUUUGUCAAAAGAACAUUUUAUAGUUACUGCUCAAAGGACAAAACUGCUGGCGUACUGACAGUUUGCCCUUCUGGGAGUGUUCAAGCAUGUCUACGUGGAGCCCUCACAUCAGGAUAGGCAGACUGGGAUUACAAAAGGGCAUUGCCUAGGGUCCUACUAGUACAGAGAAACUGUAACAGAAGCCCUUGUCUAAAGCACUUCUUUUUAAAUGCCUCGCACUUAAGGAACAAGCCUGUCACAUUCCCAUUUUCAGAUUAUUUUCUGAGCCAUAUGUAGAUUUUUCUAUAGUAUUCAAAAACCUUUCAUACUUAGAAAAUGGCGAUUAUCAAUUUGGGAUCCCGAUUUUGUUGGGACAACGUAUCAUGACUUUUUUGUCAAUACUUUAACCUUGUUACAUUGUAAAGUGUUCAAUAAGAUAUACCAGGAUUUAAAAAAACAAACAAACAUGUAAUCUGUUUUCCACAAUUUUCUCCAAUCUACAAACUCAACUUGCCACCCAUAUUUGGGUCCCAGGUCACAGCUGAGAAUGGCAGGCUCUACAACAUCUUUAUUGGCAGACAUCACUGAGUAAUGUAUUCCCUACACUUGAAAGUGUGACUGAUCAGUUAUUCCUCCACUGUUAUCAAAAUUGAUGUAGCAGCAAUGACUGAAUCUCUCUAGGACUCUAAGAUUAAUAAUAUAACAUCUCUCACACACACUGUAAAACAAAUGCGCACAGUCUGGAAACACAAAUGUCUGUCUAAAAUUGAUUACCAGGACUAACCUUUUAAAUCGUUAUUGAUCACUCUUGCAUUGAUUUUGGCAGAUUAACAGAUUAGUGACACUUGCUGCUUAGCAAAAUGUGCCUAUGCAUCCAUUGUUAGGUAUUAACAAAAUGAUGCCAAAGACUCAAAGGCACGUCGUACUAAUUAUCAGACUGCAAGUGGCAAUCUGUGGAUAUAAAAGUGUUUAUGUUUUUGAGUUGAGCUGAGCUAAAAGGUGAGUGCUAGAAGGCAAUUGUGAAAAGAUUCAAAGGAGAAAAUUGUUGGAUGGAGUUUUGUGGGGUCCAUAUGGGAACAAUGGUCUUGAACAGACCUGGGGCAUUAGCAGCAUUCGUGGAGAGAUGACAUUAAAACAAGGUUAUAAAAUAAGCUAAAAUAUUGUUUGAUUUUAGUAGAGUACAGAAUGGUGAGACUUCUGCAUUUGUAUAUGUACAAAAUGAAAUGGAGGUAAUUGCAUUCACUUAGUGACAAAAUGCUGUUCUUAGUAUAUGUGAUUAUGGUUGAUAGCAAGAAAAGUUUGUGAAAGUGCAAUUUCCACAUACAGUACAUUGUGGUUCCUUGCUUGAGAAAUAUUUGUAUAUCCAUCUGUGAUUAUGUUGCCUGUUCUUAUUAGUAAAAGUAACUUACCUUCUGCCUUCACUUAAAGGGAAUGUCUACCUCUAUGCUGCAGGGGAACUACGCCCCUUCUCUCUUGGGUAGCCUUGCAGUCUGAUGCUAUUGGUCACUCCACUCAGUGGUAGAUCUAUUCUGUAUAAAUAUCUUUUAUAUUUGUACUGUAAGUUUUCUCUUAAAUAUAUGUCAGUUGUAUUCAAUAAAUGUAAAUAUGAUCCAUGGUUCAUGAAAUAAAACUAAGUAU